CCGGACGGCACCGAAGAUGAACACCGUCCAAAGCACGGGCCAUGCAACCGUUCGGAAUAAGAAAGAUUCACAGUUCGAGGAGUUAACAGUCUCUUCCUCGGAGAAAAGAAAUUGGAGAGGCAUUUUUAUAGCGCUUUUAGUGAUUGCUGCCGUACUGGGGCUAAUAGUGUUUUCGAUUCUACUUCUGUCGCCAGAAAUUGAAAACUCCAAGCUACACGGUCGUCGCAUAUCGCUCUACGACAUCAAGUCGGGCCGCUAUGACUGGAACGCGCAGAACGGGUCCUGGAUUAACCGGUACGAGUAUGUAUUCAUUAACUCUGAGGGCGGCCUGACAUCGCUGCAGAUCAGCCGCACCAGUGGCUUCCGGUUCGAGGUGCUGAUGAACAACUCGACUUUCCGGCAACUGAACGUGGACAGCUACGAUGUGUCACCAGAUCGGAACUUUGUGCUGCUGUACGCUGCGAAAGGCAAUGCUCAGCAGAGCAACCGCAGCUACUUCAUCUACGAUCUGACCUCCUCGAACGUGUUUCCACUGUCGGUGAAGGAAGGCGAUCAGCUGGCACCGCAGCUGCAGCGGGUCCUUUGGGCGCCGAUCGCCCCGACACCGAACGCUUCCGGCGGGCAGCAACAGCAGCAGCAGCAGAUGCCAUCAUCGUCGUCGUCGUCGUCCUUUGCUGGCUGGACUACGUCCGCGCAGGGUAUCGCGUUUGUGCACCAGGGCGAUAUUUACUACAAACCACGCGUACAGUACGAUCUGAUCUGCCGCAUCACCACCAACGGAAAGGAUGGUGGCGUGCUGAACGGAGUGCCGGACUGGCUGUACGCGAACGUGCCAGAGCUGAAGGGGCCGACACUUAUGUUUUCACCUGAUGGCCAGUACCUGUCCUUUCUGUCCUUCAACGUGACGCAGGUGCAGCGGUAUCAGUACCUCUGGUAUGGUGAUGGGCAGCAGUACCCGAAGAUGCGCAGCAUCCGGUACCCGAAGGUGAACUCGCCCAACCCGAACGUAACAGUGUCGGUGGUGCACCUCGGUGUGCUGAAGUACAUCUUCCCGAAGCAGAUCAGCGUCCCGGCGCACAUCCUGGCCACCGCCAGCUACGUCGGCGGGCUGCGCUGGUUGUCGGCCGCCGAGCUGUCGGUCACUUACGCCAGCCGCAACCAGAGCCUGGCGCACGUGUUGCUGUGCCGAGCGCCAACCUUCGCCUGUGUGGAGAUCUUUCAGGAGAAAGCGGUCGCCAACUCGUGGGUGCUGAUCGGCGAGAGUCCGCUGUUCAUCCGGAGGCAGCCCGCGGACCUCGACGCCCGUGACGGGUCGCCGGGAGCAGCGGUGCCGACGGCGCCAACCCCACCACCAGCCGUGGCACAGCCAACGCCCCGAGUCGAGCCGUCGCCGAGGCCGCUUUACAUGGUGAAGCGGUUGAAUGUGCGGGACGGGUCCCACGGGUACUACCGGCACCUGGUGCUGGUGCAGCUCGGCACCAAGCGCACCAUCACGCUGACGAUGGGCCAGUUCGAGGUGACGGAGAUCGUCGGCUACGAUGCCCGGCGCGGUCUCGUGUACUUUAUGGCCGCCCCGUACCACAAGCCGGGCCAACGCCACCUGUACAAGAUACCGCUCGGGUUGGACCAGCUGACCGGCGCACCGCUGGCGGACGGCACGGACGAGCCGGACGGUGGGGGAGCGACUGGCGGCGGGGGCAGCCACCACCAUCCGGCGACCGGGAACGCCAGCAGCGACGUGCAGCCGUUGCGAAUGUUCGGGUCCGCCGUGCCGUAUUGCGUCACGUGUGGUAGCGGCCGCCCGCCGCCGGCCACCGAUGCGGAUGGUGAAUCGACGGGCGGAGGCGCGGGCCGGGGCGGGAAGCCGCUGCCGAACAACUGCCUGUACAACCGCGUCACGUUCAACGACGACUACACCUACUUUGUGCAGGAGUGCCUCGGGCCGGACUCGCCGUCCACGUACCUGAUCGAGGCCAGCACCGAGCGCCGGCUGCGCGUCCUCAACGACGGCAACGAGCUGCGCGACCAGCUCGCCCAGCUGGCCAAGCCCCAGAUCAUGACGUUCAGCGUGCAGAUCAAGUAUGACUUCAACGCGCAGGUUAAACUGUUCCUGCCGCCCGGCGUCAAGGAGGACGACGACCUGCAGCUGCCAUUAAUCCUGCACAUAGAGGCCGCCCCGGAGCGCCAGCUCGUGUCGGAGGAGUACCACGUGGACUGGAACUGGUACCUGAGCAGCCACCAGUCGUACAUUAUUGCCCAGAUCGAUGCCCGCGGGUCCGGCUUUCAGGGCGAGUCGCUCAAGACGCAGAUCCGGGGGCGCGUCGGCAUCGAGGUCGAGGACCAGCUGGCCGUGCUAAUGUAUCUGCGCGAUAAUCUGAAACUGGUAGAUCCGAACCGGAUCUGCGUGUACGGGAAGGGCUACGGUGGCUACAUCGCGGUGCAGAUGCUGGCAACCGACGCGAACCAGGUACUCAAGUGCGUGGCGGCCAUCUCGCCGAUCGUCUCGUUCCGCUACUACCAUUCCUUCUUCACCGAGCGCUACGUGCUGCAGCAGGAGGACAUCGAGCGGUCGCUGAUCGAAUCCGAUCUCUCUACCAAGGUGGCCGCCCUGGCCUCGAAGAACUUCCUGGUGAUCCACAGCACGGCCGACUGCAUGGUACACGAGCAGCACGCUGCCCUGCUCACCCGGGCGCUAGUCAACCGCGGUAUCAUCUUCCGGCACCAGAUGUAUGUCGACGAGGAUCACGAGUACAGGAGUGUGUCGGAGCACCUGUACCACACCAUCGAGACCUACAUCGAGGAAAACUUUGGCAACGAUAAUCAGGACUGGACGUCGGCAUUCUUUCUGUCUAAAACGUAGUUCUUUCUGGUGGUGUUCUGGUUUCCAGCAGUAGAACGAAAACCCAACUAGAAGAAGCAGCAGAAGAAAACAGAAGAAAUGAAAACAUACAAACACGUUUGAUUGAUGAUAGAAUAAUGAUAAUUCAAAACGAAAUAUGUGGUAAGAUAAGACAGCCCGAAUCGAAUCCCUAUCAAUAUGAUACAGUAUAUAACAGUGCGGCUCGACGGCAGCGCUGGGUAUGUGUGCUGAUGAGACCCAGGGAUUUAGCCGCUGGCGCCGAGGGUUACUGCCGGUCGGUGGUACUAGAGGUUUGGUUCGUACGAUUACUGCUAAAGACCGCGCACAAACCAAGUCAGCUGCCAGUCUUGGUCUGUCCAGAUCCUUUACUCCUGACUCUCGCGUGAGAAACUCCACACUCCGUAGUAAAAACCCCAAUUCACCCAAUCCUCCAAUCUCCUGCUGGCCUCGCUGUUGGUUACUGGUGCACGGAUAUUUGACAUCCGGCAUCUCCAAAUAGAAGACAACGUAUCCUUUCUCUUCUGGCGUUGCCGGGGAAGCCACGGCAGUCGCGGGUCACAGUCGUUUGCAUCCCGGCCACCCGGACUCUCUUACUCAUGGGAAUACAUCGCACACACCACCUGGCACCGGCCACCGGCCACGUCGGAUAACUUGGCCGUUUCGCCAUUUCUCCACUGAUCACCGAGAUCCACCGAAGAACAAUGG